AUGACCAAAGGUUUUAAAAAGGAGUACUGGGCCCGCCCCCGCCGCGGGCGCGCCCUCCUUGGGCGAGCGGGCCCGCGCGUGGAACAACUUCGGGCCCGCCCCCGCCAGCUCAACAGCUGGGAGCACCACCAGCGGCGAGGGGUGCCAGACCCCGGACGAGAGGACGGGACGGGCGCGUGCAUCCCCGUGACGCAGUGCCCGCCACUGGUGGCGUUGCUCAGGAACAAGCCCGUGUCCAAGGAGAACGUGGAGUUCCUCCAGAGGAGCCACUGCGGCUUCCAGAUCAGCACCCCGCUGGUGUGUUGCCCCAGGACGGCUGACCGCGUGCCCAACCGGCCGCACCCGCCCCGGCCGCACCCGCCCCGGCCGCAGCCGCAGCCGCAGCCGCGACCCACCCCGCAGCCCACGCGACGGCCGCCGCCCCGGCCGGCCGAGGGCGACGCCAGCGCCGGCCACCGCAACAUGCACCUGCUGCCAGUGGGCGAGUGCGGCAUCCAGACCAGCGAGCGCAUCUUCGGCGGCAACGAGACGGACCUCGGAGAGUUCCCUUGGAUGGCGCUGCUGCAGUACAGGAAUCGAAAACGUCGAAAUCUUGCCAUGGCCGGCUCCUUGGCAAAGAGUGGUGCUCAAAUCCACACAAUUUUAAAGUUGGCAAGACAAGAGGAGGCCUCCUUCAAAAAUGCCUUAGUGUGGGUUGGCAUCAACGAUUUAGCGAUGGGAAAUACUGACACAAGCAAGGUCACCCAAGGAAUGGCAGACCUUGUGAGCCAUCUUAGGAGGAGGUGCCACCAUGUCUACGUCUGCAACCUCCCUCCCUGCCCGAGGUUCCCGGCUGAGCACGACAUCCACCACAAAAUUAAACGUUUCAACGACAAGUUGGCGGAAACGUGCCUUCGUGCUACCAACGUCACCGUUAUAAAUUUGCACGGUAUCUGCUCGACGGAUGAUGGGAGAGUCCGGACGAGCAUGUUUGAAAGAUUUCCGUACCUGUCGAUGCAAAUUCAUCAUUUACAAGGUGCAGAUAUGCAUUUGCUUCAGAUGUGA